AUUGAAUUUUGUAUAAAAGUUGUAUGAAAUUCAAGAUCAAGCAUCAGUUUCAGGAAUUUCGUUUGAAACAACACACAGAAUAACACAAUGAAAAUCUUCGUUUUGACUUUGGCCGUUUUGGCAACUGGUGCCUCAGCUUUGAACAGCCAAUAUUUGCCUCCUCAUCAAUCUUCGGGUGGUUCAUUCGGCGGUUUCGGUUCUGGCAGUGUGGGUCAUGCUGCUGUAGUCCAACCUUCUUAUAGUGUUGGUCACUCUGGUGGUUUCUCUUCAGGCGGCUCUUUCGGUGGUUUCGGUGCUGGCAGCAUUAGUCAUGGUGUAGCUGCUCAACCCUCUCGUCAAUAUUUGGCUCCCGCUGCUUCCAGCUCUCAUGGUGUAUCUACCGGUUUCUCUUCUGGUGGCUCAUCUUUCGGUGGACUCUCUGGUGGUUUCCCUUCAGGUGGCUCUUCUUUCGGUGGUCACUCUGGUGGCUUCUCUUCAGGAGGCUCUUUCGGUGGUUUCGGUGCUGCUAGCACUGGUCAUGCUAUUGCCGCUAAACCUUCUCGUCAAUACUUGGCUCCUGCUGCCUCUACCGCUCAUGUUGUCUCUGCCGGUUUCCCUUCAGGUGGCUCAUCUUUCGGUGGUCACUCUGGUGGUUUCUCUUCAGGCGGCUCCUCUUUCGGUGGUCUCUCUAGUGGUUUGUCAUCCGGUGGCUCUUCAUUCGGUGGCUCUUCUUUCGGUGGCUUCGCUGCUCCCUCCAACCAAUAUUUGGCUCCUGCUGCCUCCACCCAUCAUGCUGUCUCAACUGGCUUCUCUGGCGGUCAUUCCGCUGGUACCAGAUACGGUACCAAUGGUGGUUAUGAAUACCGUCAUCGUCACCGUGCUUAAGUGUUAAACGAAAGUAUGGACCAACAAAUAUUAAUAGCGAACGAACAAACUGGUGAUAGAUUUAAUAGUAAAUAAAUGAAAUGAUCAAUCAAGUAUUAUGAAA